AUGACUAAUUUUACGUGGAAAGAAAAAUCUCCGAGUCUUGCUCAGUCCCUCUGCUUUCCUGCCACGAGAGCGACGCCUUACGAAACUUUACACGUGUUGAUUAUUAUUUUAGUUUUCAAUAUAUUUUUUUCACUCACAGCCACGUUUGGCAACAUAGUCAUUUUUCUUGCUUUAAAUAAGGAAUCUUCUUUUCAUCCGCCUUCGAAACUGCUGUUUCGAUGUCUUGCCGCAACCGAUCUAUGCGUUGGAGUAGUAACACAGCCUAUGUUUGUCAUCUACCAGAUAUCCUUGGUCGCUGAGCGUUUCCAUAUUUGCACCGCCGCUGCAAUGGUCUCGUAUGUUACUGGCACGUUUCUGUGCAACGUUUCACUGGCAACACUAACUGUAAUAAGUGUGGAUCGACUUCUCGCUUUGCAAUUAAAGAUGAGAUACAGACAGGCUGUGACAAUUCGACGAGUUCGCGCAGUAGUCGCCGCCCUCUGGUUACUGAGUUUCGCCGUAAGUAUGUUGGUUUUUAAAAACAGGCUUGUGUACUUUAGUUUGAGUUGCUCGUUGACAUUACUUAGCCUAGUGGCCUCGACAUGUUGUUACUUGAAAAUGUAUUGCACACUUCGCCGCCAAAGAACACAACGGGUACAUGAUUCACAGUAUCAGUUAGCAGGGCAACAGAUCGAAACAGCUUCCAUUGGUCUCCAAAGUGGUACAGGGUAUAUGAAGACUGUUUCCAGCGUCUUAGUUUUCCAUCUUGUUCUCAUUUUAUGCUUUCUGCCUUAUACAAUGGUGCGUAUCAUGGUAGCUAUAGCUGGUAGAAGGCUUUUGGUGGCAGAAGCCGUUUCGUCUUCUGUGGUUUACCUCAACUCGACUUUAAAUCCACUUUUCUAUUGCUGGAAAAUUAAAGAGAUCAGGCAUGAGGUGAAGCAGAUAUUCCAAAGAUUCUGUUCACAACACUGA